AUGUCACUCACCGUUCUCCUUGGGCAGCUGUCGGGGUCCCACCGAGCGGACUCUGGCUUCGACGUCCGCUUCCACUGCCUCCCCGCCGAGGAGCUACUGGACUUCUGCGGCAGCGAGGACUUCAUCUCCCGAUUCAUGCAGCAGCACUCGUCGCAUUCCAGGGAGGCCAUCUUCGGCCUGGAAUCCCACGUCGCCGCUGUGGUUUUGGACUUGUUCAGUACCACGUUCCUCGACGUCACCUGCAACCUCGACCUCCCUGGGUACGUGUACUUCACUUCCACCGCUUCUCUGCUCUCGCUCGUGCUGCGGUUGCUGGUGUUGGACCAAGAGAUGCUUGUGGAUUUCGAGGAGAUGGAAGACGUCGUCGACUUACUAGGGUUGCUGUCAGUGCCGGCGACUCUGUUGCCGACGCCUGUGAUAAAGAAGGAUUGUGUGGAGAUUAUGGGCAAGGAUGAUUUCGUCUUCCUGCCAGGGCAGGCGUCCCACUUCGGCAACCUCAACUUUAUUACGGACGACUUCAGCAAGAUCUCUCUCCUCGACUCGGAUUCUCAGAUUUGA